AAUUAAAUUUUAUUUGGUUCUUAAAAGAUUUCUUUGUUGGAUAACAAUUACAGUUUUGAGCUAGUCUGUAAUUUUAUUGAUUUAAAUUUUUUAAAAAUAUGUGGUGCAGCUUUGUCCAGACAAAGCACUUCUCAAAGCUCGACGUUUUCGUAUAAAAUGAUUGCAACCCUUGAUCAACGUGCUUACUAUGAAAUCAGCUAGCAAUUGGGAUACUCGAAGCACGUUAAAUAUAAUUCUUUAUCGCCGUAAGAAUGUCUGAAAAAGUAGACCAAACGCAAUUCAAUGAGGACGAGCUGGAGGCUCCGUCCUGGCUGAAUGGACAGUUCCUCGGCGGAAUCCUGGCGGCGUAUGAAAAUUGCUCGGAGCUGAAGGUGACAGGUCUGAAAAUUACUCCAGCCACAGCCCAGGGAGAUCAUUACGCUAGCGUGAUGUUCCGGGCCACCGCGGAGUACUCCACCUCUAAGGGUAAGUUCUCAAAGCCCCUGAUCAUCAAGACGAUGCCUGAGCAGGAGGGCCACAAAAAGGACAUGCUGGCCGAGUCCCACCUUUUUGAGACUGAGAUCGGCAUGUACUGCCAGGUCCUGCCGGAAUUCGAGAGGAUCAUGGUGGAGGCGGGGGACACUACUAAGCUGUUCGCCCCCUGCCUCUAUCACAGCCUGGAACCGCGGCAAGUUAUGAUUUUUGAGGACUUGGUGUCGCUGGGAUAUUCCGUCGUUCGAGAUCGGCCCGUAAGCCAGGAGGAGCUCAAAGCCGUAUUCUCCAAGCUGGCAAAGUGGCAUGCAGUGAGCAUGAAACUAAUAAUGGAGCAACCUGAUUUCCUAAAGGAGUACAAAUACGGCCUGUUCGACUUGCCCCACUUCGUGUCGGAUCCCAUGAUUACCUCUGGCAUUGAUAAUUUUAUCGACAUGUUGGACAAACUUCCUAAUUUGAAAAAGUACAGGCUGCACUUUGAGAAGAUAAAGGAAAACUAUCUCGAGCGUAUGCAAUGUGAAUUGCAGGAAUAUCACCAGAAUAGACGAUCUGAUGCCUACUACGUUCUUUGUCACGGUGACUUUCAUUUGCGGAAUAUGAUGUUCAAGAACGACCAGAAAACGGGCGCUUUGGAAGACGUCAUGUUGGUGGACUUUCAGAUCAGCAACCUGAGUCCCAUUUCGACAGACCUCAUUUACUCAAUCUACAUGCUGAUGGAGCCGGAGCAGCGCCGGGAAAUGGGCAAGGAAUUGAUUAAUUACUACUUCUCCGUUCUGCUGGCCACUCUUCAGAAAAUAGGGUACAAAGGUGAGAUGCCCACGCAGGCCAAGCUCUGGGAGCAGAUACACCGGAACAAGUACUAUGACUUCUUUUUGAUCAGCACCUUUCUCUCCUUAAUUUUGGCCGUCAAGUCAAACAGUUUCAAAAUGAAUGAGCUCAUCCAGGAUCCCGAAACGCGGAAAAAGGCCUACUUCAUGGACACUUAUGUCAGGGAUGUGGAAAAGCUGCUGCCCAAGUUCGAAAAGCUGGGCUAUUUUAAGGGCUUGUGAGUGAUGGUCAUGGGGCCAUGUUGUGAGAUAUGGAUCUGUAAUUGUUACUUAAAUGAAGUGCUUGAUUAAAAGUGUAAAAUUAAAAAAUCUACCUGAUUGAUAAGAAUGUUAGUCACGUUAACCACAAAAGCUAUUGAAGGAAUAAACAAUAUGAAUGUAUAUACAAGUUUUCAUAAA